GAGCAUUCCACCUCUCCAAGUGCAGGCCCAGCCCAGCCCAGCCAGAAGCCUCCUGUGGAGUAAAUGAGGACAAUGUCCCCUGGCCCACGUGUGGGGGGGAUGUAGAGGGCAGUGGCGCCAGCCGCUCCUGGCACCAUGUACGAUGCCGCAGUCCUAAGGAAGAAGGGUUACAUUGUGGGCAUCAAUCUUGGCAAGGGUUCCUAUGCAAAAGUCAAAUCUGCCUACUCUGAACGCCUCAAGUUCAACGUGGCGGUCAAGAUCAUCGACCGCAAGAAAACGCCCACUGACUUUGUGGAGAGAUUCCUUCCUCGGGAGAUGGACAUCCUGGCAAACGUCAGCCACCGCUCCAUCAUCAAGACCUACGAGAUCUUUGAGACCUCAGGUGGGCGGAUCUACAUUGUCAUGGAGCUCGGUGUCCAAGGCGACCUUCUGGAGUUCAUCCAGUGCCGGGGCGCCCUGCACGAAGAUUUGGCACGCAAAAUGUUCCGCCAGCUGUCCUCAGCCGUCAAAUACUGCCACGACCUGGAUGUUGUCCACCGGGACCUCAAGUGUGAGAAUCUUCUCCUUGACAAGGAUUUCAACAUCAAGUUGUCGGACUUCGGCUUCUCCAAGCGUUGCCUGCGGGAUGGUAAUGGGCACAUCAUCCUCAGCAAGACCUUCUGUGGGUCGGCAGCCUAUGCGGCCCCUGAGGUGCUGCAGGGCAUCCCCUACCAGCCCAAGGUGUACGACAUCUGGAGCCUGGGUGUGAUUCUCUACAUCAUGGUCUGCGGCUCCAUGCCCUAUGAUGACUCCGACAUCAAGAAGAUGCUGCGCGUCCAGAAGGAGCACCGUGUGGACUUCCCCCACUCCAAGAACUUGACGGGUGAGUGCAAGGACCUCAUCUACCGUAUGCUGCAGCCCGACGUCAACCGGAGGCUGCACGUUGAUGAGAUCCUCAGCCACUCAUGGCUGCAGCCCCCUAAGCCCAAAGCCAUGUCUUCUGCCUCCUUCAAGAUGGAGGGGGAGGACAAGUACCGGGCCGAGGGCAAACUGGACACCCGACCAGGCUCCAGGCCCGAGCACCGGCCUGACCACAAGCUCGGAGCCAAAACCCAGCACCGGCUGAUGGUGUUGCCGGAGAAUGAGGACAGGGCAGAGGACAGGCUGGCCGAGACCUCCAGGCCCAAAGACCAUUACAUCUCCAGAGGUGAGGUGGGGAAGGCGAGCACCUAGCAGUGGCGAGGGCCCC